AUGAGCUUCUGCGGACUAGCUGCCAUUGCCCAAGCAAAUGACACUGGCAGCUCACUCUUUAUAAAAGCACACGCUUUCCAAGAAGGCCGUAAAAAGCAAGAGAGCGAGCUAUGGUACAAUCCUUCGACCACACCAUUACUUUCAUUGAGCUGUCGUUCAGAGCUCCACGAGCGGUACAUCACCUCGUGUGUCACCUCAACUGACUUCACUUUACCUGUCCUGUCUAAAGAUACUCAACCUACUAGGUCAAGCAUUGCCCUCGGCACAUCUUGGGGAUUUCAAGCUCCCUUCAUUCAUCCAGGGCCAUGCAUUAUAUCCCCGUUAGUUCCAGGACGAUACGAUACACCGAAAGAUCCAGAGCCGGGGAUUCGUGAGCACGUCGACUUAAUGUUGGACAACAGCCCCAUCCGCAGUGCAAAAUCCCCAUUGCAAGAAUCCAGAAAGACCGAGCUCUCUACCCGUACCAAUUGUUUUUGCCUCUCUGGCCAUCCCGCCCCUGCCGUGCAUGUAGCUAAUGCAAAUGCCACUGUGCUAGACAUUAAUGACGAUAUUGAGCGCCCUUACUGCGCGAUGGGUCGUAAUGUCAUACUAUUGGAUCUAUUCUUAUCGGAUACCUCGAUGCAAUGGUUUUACUCAUAA